GUUAGGGCCUCUCAGCACACUAGUGCCUCCGUAGGCCUCUGAGUUUGCAGCAGUAGUAAGUUAGAGCAGCUCUGGAAACUCCCGCCACACCACACCCCCAAAGGCAAGGGCCCUCCCCCUGGGCUCUUCAGAGCUGGGGUGUGCCUGAGUCUCUGCCCUGGGAUGAGAACAGAGCUAAGCAGACUGCUGCCAGGUGGAGAGAGCCAGCCAGCCACUGCAAGGAGUGCUGCAAACUACCAGCAGGCACUGCUCAAACAGACCUGCAAGGACAGAUUGUGGAGCGUCUACUGGAGACAUCAGGGUGACAAGUCUGCCUCCAGUUCUCUCACUGUUGGAUCUUGAGACAACAGGAAAAUGACUUCCCAUGACCCAAAGGCCGUCACUCGCAGAACCAAGGUGGCUCCCACCAAGAGGAUGAGCAGGUUCUUGAAACACUUUACGGUGGUUGGGGAUGACUACCACACGUGGAAUGUCAACUACAAGAAGUGGGAGAAUGAGGAGGAGGAGGAGGAGCCAGCGCCCACAUCAGCGGAGGGCGAGGGCAAUGCUGCGGGCCCAGAUGCGGAGGCUGGCUCUGCCUCCACGCCCAGACAGUCCCUGGACUUCAGGAGCCGACUGAGGAAAAUCUUCAGUUCCCACAGGUUUCAGGUCAUCAUCAUCUGCCUGGUGGUCCUGGACGCCCUCCUCGUGCUCGCUGAACUCCUUCUGGAUUUGAAGAUCAUUGAGCCGGACGAGCAAGACUACGCGGUCACGGCGUUCCACUACAUGAGCUUUGCCAUACUGGUCUUCUUCAUGUUGGAGAUUUUCUUCAAGAUCUUCGUCUUCCGCUUGGAGUUCUUCCACCACAAUUUUGAGAUCCUGGACGCCUUUGUGGUGGUGGUGUCUUUCGUCCUUGACCUAGUCCUCCUGUUUAAAAACCACCACUUCGAAGCUCUCGGGCUGCUGAUCUUGCUUCGGCUCUGGAGGGUGGCCCGGAUCAUCAAUGGCAUCAUCAUCUCUGUGAAGACACGCUCAGAACGGCAGAUCUUAAGGCUAAAGCAGAUAAACAUCCAACUGGCCACCAAGAUCCAGCAUCUGGAAUUCAGCUGCUCUGAGAAGGAACAAGAAAUUGAGCGGCUCAACAAGUUGUUGAAAGAGAAUGGACUUCUCAGGGACGUGAACUAGCCUUCCAGAUGCUACACCUGGAGUAGCUGGGCUGUGGCCAGAGAGCCAGCAUGUGGUGCAAAGCCCAGUCUCCAUCUCUGCCUUGACUCGCACCCCUGGAUGCUGGGGACACAUCUCACUGGUACUGCUGUCUCCUUGGCGUCCACGCCCUACGCUUGCAGCAAAGGGAUCCUCGCAGCAACCUUUUCUCAAGCUGGGCUCCACUGUCGCUCAAACAUGAUCAAGGAGGCUGGGCUUGUAAAGCCAACUUAAUGCACAUCCUGAAAGGAGCUGGAGCCCGCACCCCGAACCAGCUCACUCUGGAAAACCUUUCUCUAAUAGAAUGUCCCCAGCUUCUCCUGCUGCAUCCCCUAGGGGAGCCAUCAUGGUACCCAGUCCCUCCUCUGUAGCAUCCAGCUGUACAUCAGCUUCAAACUGGCUCUGCACCCACUAGCAGCUCUUUCAGUUACUAUACAAUUAAUGUGUAAAAUAAGCCCUCUCCUUCCCCAGGGCUCACCCACCACAUUCUCUCCUCGGUGGCAGCCCACACCAGCCCACCAGUUAUACAGCCAGCACAUGGCAGGGUCCCAAGGCUGCCCUGAGUGCCCUGUAAUUAGCAUGAUCUUGGGAUACAACCCCCUUGUGGGCACAGUUUUACAUAGUUCCUUGCUGGUUUGUACCUCUCAAAUGCCAACGGGCAUUCUGAAAACAACUCCCACUAGACCAGGGAUGAUGCACUGACGAGGAGGCUCUCCAUGCAAUGCCACAUCACACUCUGUUUCCUCCCAUCUCCCAGAGGGGCGUGGCCUUUGACCUUAUGUGCAGGGUGCUGGACCCAUCUGACCCAACACUGCAGCCCAGCAGAGUAAAGUUUCCGAGAGGGAAAAGGCAGUGGAGUAGAGCAGAGGGCUGCUUGAAGGGUAACAGCAAGGGGAGGCGGCAGCUAGGUUCAUGUCCUUCUGCACCUAGGGCCCAGGUGUGCACUGCCGCGGAAGGGAAGACCUUCAGGAUGGGUACUCCUGCGGGGUCAGCUCAUCACACAAAUGGGAAGAAGAAGCUGAAGGGCAGCCUGGCGUUGAUGGUGGGUGGGGCUCGGAAGCCUGCCUCUGCAGGGGCUGACACAUCCACAAAUGUCACUGCAGUGGAAAUGACCACGGUCCUCUCAGGCCCUGGGAGGGGCUGCAAGGAAAAGACAGAGUGGACACCCUCACCAUCUCCUCGCUCACAGCCAGCUGCCCUAAGGCACUAAGGCAGCUGAGGAGCGCUCUGCCACAGACCACGCUGGUACAGCAGAGCUGGUCUAACCACAGUUCAGUGUUCACAAGAAUUGUGCUCACAAAUAAAACCUGCAAUCUUUUCCUCUAAGUACAAGUUAAAGAAUUAUCAUGAACUUUUUUUAAGACUCAAAAUUAAGUUAGGCAUGAUGGCACAUGCCUGUUAAUGCUCAGGGGCCUAAGGCUGAGGGUCAGUUUGAGACCAGCCUGGGCUCCAUGAGAAGACCCAGCAGACAAAGCAGCACGUGGGAGCUGUGAGGACGACCCUAGCCCCAAUACCCCCUUGUAAAGGAACUGAAAUCGAGAGAGAAAUGAUAAUCUAUCAUUCCAAGUAAUAAACCUUUCCCACCGUCCUUGCUGUCAUGGGGCUUUCUGU